CUUAUCCAGCACGUUUUAAGCAGCGGAAAUGAAACAAUUCUGAUACUAAAAUUAAAAAGUAUACAGUAUUAUGUUUUUACUUCUAUGAAAGGGGCACCUGAUCUGAUUAUAAAACUGUCUCAACAGAUCAUGAAGGUAAAUCAGGAUAGAUUAUUUGCUCUGUUGGCUCAAAUUUAAUAGAAGGUCUUCUCAAAUGUGAUGAUUGGAGACCAAAGAGCAUCUCAGUACAGCUGCUGUGAUUCAUCACGGCGAAAUAUUAAAUCAAUCUCACACAUUCAAGGAGCUGCAGCGACGCCUGAACCGAGGCUGCUUCAGACCUGCUCCAAGGAGCUGAUGCCGUCCUCCCUAACGCAUAUCAAAUAAAGCAGGGAUAUAGUUUUCAGCAUUGCCCUCUCUUCAGGCGCCAUUUUCACACAGGUUACUCGUAACGACACAGAAGGAGCUGCUCCAAGAGCCUCUCGGUGCGGGUGGCAAAAGGGUUAAACGCGCCGUCUCUCUGCCAUUGGGCGGCGAGACUAUGGAGAUCCUGCCAUCUGCAAGGAAAGCAGCUGUCGACUUCACGCAAGACACGUUAGAUAGCAGUGAAUGAAAACAGCGUGGAUUCGCCCCAAGACUUGUUGAUCUUUUUUUUCCACGAGAAACGAGCGGAGCGGUAUGUGUUUGUGUGGAGGAGACGCACGAGCUGCUGUGCGCCGGCUGUGUUUGAACUGUGACGUCCUUGCGCUUUCUUCCAUUUAAACGCUUUAUUUCACGCCGCUGUCAGCAAUGAGUCUCCACAAAUUAAGCUCAAACAGAAUGAAACAGCUCGGAAAACCACUAUCCACACCGCCUGUCCCACGGCCAAACUCAUAGUGUAGCCCUACACAAACACACAAGAUGGAGAAACCCUCGGCAGGAAUGAGUAAAGUUGGCUCUCGCUCGACAGCCUCUCUGCCCCCGGAGCCUGUGGAUAUAAUCCGGAGUAUGUCCUGCUACCGGCGUGUCAAACUGAACGUAGGUGGUCUGCCGCAUGAGGUCCUGUGGAGAACCCUGGACCGACUGCCGCGCACGCGACUGGGCAAGCUGCGAGACUGCAAAACCCACGAAUCCCUCAUGGAAGUAUGUGACGACUACAACCUGGAGGACAACGAGUACUUUUUUGACCGGCAUCCCGGGGCCUUCACUUCCAUACUGAACUUCUACCGCACUGGGAAGCUGCACAUGAUGGAGGAGAUGUGCGCCCUGUCCUUCAGCCAGGAGCUGGACUACUGGGGAGUGGAUGAGAUCUACUUGGAGUCGUGCUGCCAGGCCAGAUACCAUCAAAAGAAGGAGCAGAUGAACGAGGAGCUCAAGCGAGAAGCUGAUACGCUGAAGGACCGAGAGGGUGAAGAAUUCGAUAAUACGUGUUGUUCGGAGAAAAGGAAGAAAUUAUGGGAUCUACUGGAGAAACCGGGAUCGUCUGUAGCAGCCAAGAUCUUGGCCAUCAUAUCAAUCCUAUUCAUCGUGCUCUCCACUAUCGCUUUGUCUCUCAACACUCUCCCGGAACUUCAAGAAACAGACGAAUUUGGUCAAACUACUGAUAAUACCCAGCUGGCUCACGUGGAGGCAGUGUGCAUUGCUUGGUUCACCAUGGAAUAUCUUCUUCGCUUCCUUUCCUCACCAAACAAAUGGAAAUUCUUUAAAGGUCCUCUUAAUGUCAUCGACCUGCUUGCCAUCCUACCAUAUUAUGUCACCAUAUUCUUGACAGAGUCCAACAAAAGUGUACUGCAAUUCCAGAAUGUAAGACGGGUGGUGCAAAUCUUUCGUAUCAUGCGAAUUUUGCGCAUCCUUAAGUUGGCUCGUCACUCCACUGGGUUGCAAUCACUGGGCUUCACGCUGCGUCGGAGUUACAAUGAGCUAGGCCUGCUUAUCCUCUUCUUAGCAAUGGGGAUCAUGAUCUUUUCCAGUCUAGUUUUCUUCGCGGAGAAGGAUGAGGAUGACACCAAGUUCAAGAGUAUCCCUGCCUCCUUCUGGUGGGCCACUAUUACCAUGACAACUGUUGGAUAUGGAGACAUUUACCCUAAGACGCUUCUGGGCAAGAUCGUUGGUGGUCUCUGCUGCAUAGCUGGAGUUUUAGUCAUUGCCCUACCCAUUCCUAUUAUCGUCAACAACUUCUCUGAAUUCUACAAGGAACAGAAACGACAAGAGAAGGCCAUCAAGAGACGUGAGGCUCUAGAGCGGGCUAAACGCAAUGGCAGUAUAGUUUCCAUGAAUGUUAGAGAGGCCUUUUCCCGAGGUACAGAUCUUCUGGAUGUUGUAGUCAUGGAUAAGGGUGAGAGAUCUCAGGACAACCAUCUCUCACCCAGUCGAUGGAAAUGGUCAUCAAAGCGGGGAACUUCAGAGACCAGUUCUAAUCGUUCCUUUAACCCAGACCAAGGUUCCCCAAGCAAGGCAAGAGCUUCUAGUCCACAGAGACUCAAUGCACAGAAACUAGAAGACAUGUACAACCAGAUGGCAAAGACUCAGUCACAGCCCAACCUAAACACCAAAGACAGAAAUUCAUCCCGAGCAGGCCAUAGAAGGGAUGAAAUUGAGCUGGGAGCCUUGCCAGGUCAAGGAGGCGACCCAAUGAAUGGGGGCCGUGAAGGGGUGGUAGACAUGAAAAGUCUGUCGAGCAUUGACAGUUAUAUCAGCUGUGCAACAGACUUUCAGGAGAACCCACGAUUCCACUACAGUCCGGCAGGGGGUCUGUCGCUCCCAGAGAGCUCUCGGUUUUCCCACAGCCCCGGUUCUGGCCUAUCUAGUCGAGUCAGUGCAAAUCCAAGUCUGCAGACUACCUUAGAACACGAGACCAUGCUCACUCCCCCUUUUUCUGGUGCUAAACCUCUCAACACUGAUGGUUCACGGCAGCAAGGUCUGCUUGGAAACUCUCAGAAAAUGCAUUCAGUUAGGGUGAAUCCUCGCAAUUGUGCAGAGAGCAGUCCUUCAGGUGGCCCUCUGUCUGACAGCUCUAUUCUUUCCGACCACUCCAUCUUAAGCCCAGAAGUGUCAGUCUACACAACAGCCAGUACCAGGACUCCACCUAAGACACCUGAGAGGAAGGUACUCACUCCUACAGUCUUUACUUUUCAUGACGCAUCUAUCAGCAAGUACAUUGAUGCCGACACAGAUGAUGAGGAGCACUUGCGCGAAAGCGGCCCAUCAGAUCGCCUACUGGGUGGCCUGAGCUCCAAGCCUCGGCUUGGUGGUUACCAGGGGGCCACCAACCACUUGGAAGCUGCCCAAAGGCUGCUAGGUCAGAACUGUCUAUUCCCACUGGGAAGUAGCCCGAGUGUUGGGCAUGAGAACCAUGUGGCUUCAGAGAAUUCACGGAGACCCAAAGGGGACAGGGGACAUUCCAACGCUUUUGAUAAGGGCCUUUGAGACCUCAGGGUCAUGAGUUGGACUCAGAAGAGAGUCCAAGAAAGGAAAUAAGGCCAAGUUUAGUCAAGGACUUUGGAGAAAGCAGAGACUAAUGUACAUUGGAGAAUUUUCCAGGCAUCUGACCAGGGGGCCUAUCCUGAUGACUUUUCGAGGGAGAGUUCACUGGAAAAAAAGUGGUCAUGUUACAUCAUUAAGGAACAGGAUCUCGAGGAUGUACCACUGCCUACACCUCUUGCCCUUUUUCCUCUCCUGUAAACAAGCCUGCAUCCGUGCAUCGCAGGGGUAAGAUAAAGCCAGAGCAUAUCUGGCCUACGGUUGUUUGUGAAAAGAACAGGCUUCACGCUAAAGCUUAAGUAGCUUAAGGCUAAAAAACUUACCAGACAUUUAAGUGCAGGCGUGUAUGGUAAGAAAAAAAAAAAUCAAGGGGGACAGUCCAUCACUGCCCACGUCAGCUAGCCACUGUCCAGAGCCCACCUUAAAGAUUAGCAUUAGAGACAUGUUAUACCCUGUUUACUAGUGCACCCCUCCCCUGUCCCCUUUAAACUGGCCUUACUUAAUUGCAGUUUUGGGUCUGCACACAGUAUGAGUGUUAGCGUGCAAGCAUUUUUUUGAUAUAGGGAGGGCUGAUGGUAUGAUGAUGUGCACGUAUAAUAACAUUCCUGCACACAAGCUCACUCUUGGAAGUAUAUUCACUUGCUGUGUGAUUCUACUUGAUUGAUUUAUUUUUAUAUAGACAUGAAGAUUAUCUGUAGAAACCCAUCACACAUAUAUUUCUUCUCACACUCACAACUAUAAGAAUAAAUCACUAAUUGUUUGAUCAGAAGAGACAAAAAUCUGUUUAAAUUCACAUCCCCUCAUUUUCAUUUACUUGUGUCAUCUUAAGGGUUUUUUGUUAACACUUUAUAAUAAAUAUACACUAUGAAUCAUCUAUUAAGCAUGAGCAAAUAUUGGAUUCAUUAUCUAAUAAGCAUUAACUACAUUAACAGAUGUUAGUAAGCAGUUUAUAACUGCAGA